AUGGAGUUGGAAAAAGCUAAAACGACAUUAUUCACCAGAACAUCCCCGGGCGUUUACUUUUCCACCUCGAAGCUUCGCGUGACGCUGCCGGUCUCGAAGGAAUCCUACAUCAUCCUGCGCAGUGAGCCCAUUGUAAACCUACGCCUGCUUUCGUCGUCGGCGACGGCAAGCGGAACCGGGCAGAGUAUCGGAUCGGCUUACAGUUACGCCAUCGAAAGUCCCUCCGGCGACAGCAGUAGCAGUAGCGGGACCGAGCUUUUGAAGGUGGACGAACAUACGGGCGAUCUGUGGGUAACGUCCGGCAUCUACGAGCUUACGAACGUAACCGAGUUUAUCGUGGUCGCACGGAAUGCAACGGGACAGAUUCCGGCGGCUCGGCUGAGCCUCACCAUCGAACCGCAGCCGGUGGCCGAGGGCGCUCUGGAUAGCUUCUGCGAGCACCAUCCGGAGCGGGCCUGCUUCUGGGACACGGUGCAAUAUCGGGUGGCAGAGAACGGGCCGCGCAACUGGACGAUCGGAACGGUUGGUCCCGCCUUUUACCGACGCUUGUGUCCUCAGCAUCAGCCAGCGUACGAACUGCUGCGUGGGGAAGAGUCGAAUCCUGCCGGCGGAGCGGAUCGGUAUCUGCUAGUCGCACCUACCGAUGGCACACUGCGGACAAGGCUGUCCUUCGACCAUGACACGCACGCACCGGGACCCACUUUACAGGCUGCCGUCCGGUGCACUCUGCAGCAACAGGGCAAGGUGACCGGUGACGGUGGUUCUCAAUCCGUUGACCGGACGAUAACGGUGAACGUGCUCGAUCGCAACGACAAUCUUCCUCGGUUGGAAGCAGCGAAUGGCAGCGUCGCUUCCGGGCAGGAGCAUCACCAGCAGGACCUUCCCAGCUACGACGUGUACGUCGACGAUCCACAUGUUAAUCAGGACGACACCGUCGGGCACGUGCGGGUGGUUUUCACCGACGACGACUCGAUACCGCUGAACACGCGCGUCCACUACAAGCUGCACGGCGACGUCCUGGAGCUGUUCCGUCCCGAUUGUGCGAUGUACGAGAACGAGCAUGCCGGUGGCCUGAAGCAAACCGUUUUCGGAUGCAAGCUUGUAUUUGCCCGUUCCGGUAUACUGCGCAAGAGUCCUUACUGUGUGACGCUGCAGGCGGUCGAUCCGACGGUGGAGCUCCCUAAGGGGGCGGCAAAGGACGAAGAGCGAAGAACAUCGUACGCGAACGCUUCGAUCUGUCUCAGUACGAAUCUGAAUCGCAUUCACGAGUACGACCUUCCCAGGCCCGAAGCACUGACGAGUGGCGGAACGUCGGUCGUUUCUCCCCCCGGAGAGGGAAGCGGAUUCCGUAGUGGUGACGGAAAAGUUGGUGGUCGUAGGAAAAGCAAGAAGGAAACGGUAUCCCCCGGAAAGAUUGCGUAUCCACGCGAGGCGUACGUGUAUGAUACGUCACGACGGUACGCCCGGAUCGCGGAACCGGGCUCAUUCCGGCAGCUGUUUCAGGAGAAUCGUUUAGAUUUGAACUUCCGCCUGACCGCUAACCCACUGGACGCUUUCGGCAUCACGCAGAACGGGGGUAUUAUCUACCUGCGGAACGAGACCGUCUUUCGUAAGCAGCUGGAAAGUCGGCACGAGCUGACCGUGGCCUGGAAGAACUACAGCGUCACCAUUCUGGUGAAACUGCGGAAGAAUCCGGAUGCGGUGCGGUGCUUGUCGGUAGCGGAAGAAAGGAGAAUUACUGAGGAGCAGCACCACGGCAUGGAGUUGGACUUUUGUGCGAUCCAUGCGAAUGCAACGAGUUGUCAGAGUGCUUGCGGAUUGGGCAGUCUGCUGGGACCGUGCGUGUAUCGGCCACCUUCCGCGACAUCGCUACCGAUGUGGGCUACCGCGGAGUAUCCGACCUGCUCAUCCGGGCUGUCACACUGUCCGGACGGGAUUUGUGAUCCGCUGGAGGAGAUGGGCCACCGGGAGCAGAUCCACAUAUGCCCACAGGAUUGCGUUUACCGGAAGGACAUCGUUGGACUGCAUCAUUCGGAUAAUGCGCCGCGCGGUAUUCACACGGCCUCCGGUCACUGCCAUUGCCGUUCGUCCGGUGUUUGCGAGUGUACGGAAAAUGUCGGUAUUCGACCGGAGGACAAGCGACGCAAGACGACCACGUCGAGUUCGACCUCCACGACGACCACCACCACGACAAUUACGCCCUCAUCCGAAUCAUCCGAUGUAGAAUUUGUGGCCGGUUCGAAACCACAAAAUGGUUCGCUCGAUGGGGUGAAAACGGGUCACCGCGAUCGACCGGAAGAUUCGCUACCGGAGGCAGUCCGCGACGGCAGCUAUUACGAACCAGGACUUAUUAAGGGCCCGCACGCGUCCAUCUAUCUGAUCGCGAUCGUUCUCAUACCGAUGGUCGUGGCCGUGAUGAUCGUGCUGUACUGCUUCAGCCGUAAAGUGACGGUGAAAAACAAACUGCUUCACGGUGGCACCAGUUCGGGUCCGGGUGGCCUGAACAGUAUCGGCAUGAACCUGGUGAGCAACGACACGGAAAUCUUUAACGUGGAGCUUCCGUUGGCGUCGCGGAUGAACGAGUUCAACUUUAAGAUCGAUUACGACUCCAAAUGGGAAUUUCCACGCGCGAACCUCAUCCUCGACGCGACGCUCGGUGAGGGCGAGUUCGGCAAGGUACUGAAAGGGUACGCCACGGAUCUGCCGGACCGGCCGGGCAUCACGACGGUGGCGGUGAAGAUGCUCAAGACGGGCGCCAACUCUGUCGAGCUGCUGGCGCUCCUUUCCGAGUAUCAGCUGCUGCAGGAGGUGAACCAUCCGAACGUGAUCCGGUUGCUGGGCGCGUGCACGAAGGGCGACUCGCCGUUGCUCAUCAUCGAGUACUGCCAGUACGGGUCGCUGAAGAAUUACCUUCGCCUGAGUCGCAAGCUGGAGGUGAUGAACGCCGACUACGAGAACGCGGUCGAGCCGAUCACGGUGAAGGACAUCCUCUCGUUCGCCUGGCAGAUCAGCAAGGGUAUGGCGUACCUGACCGACAUCAAGCUGGUACACCGGGAUCUGGCCGCGCGGAAUGUGCUGCUGGCCGAGGGUAAGGUAUGCAAGAUCUCCGACCUGGGGCUGACGCGCGACGUCUACGAGGACGACGCGUACCUGAAGAAGAGCAAGGAUCGGGUUCCGGUCAAAUGGAUGGCACCGGAAUCGUUGGCGGACCACAUCUACACAUCGAAAAGUGACGUCUGGGCGUUUGGGGUGCUCUGCUGGGAACUGAUCACGCUCGGCGCCUCGCCGUACCCGGGCAUCCCGCCACAGAAUCUCUACAACCUGUUGAAGCAGGGCUACCGGAUGGAGUGCCCGAAAAAUUGUUCCGAGGAAAUUUAUGGCAUCGUUCGAUCGUGUUGGGCUGACGAUCCAAAGCAAAGGCCUAGCUUCAAGCAUCUAGCUGGCCAGUUCGAGCUCCUGCUGGGCCGCAGUGCCAAGUACAUCGACAUGGAGCAAAAUUCCAUCUCCAACCCGGUCUAUUGCGUUAACGUAGAUGAAGUCGAUUGCGCCAAGUUAGCAAUCUGCAAGGAGGAACAGGAUCGCCUGGAAAGUCUCUGGACGCCACCGCAGUACGAAACGGUGAACGACAGUAGCGCCGCCGAGCUGACCGGCCGCUAUCAGUCACCGUCGUCGUCGGAACGCGUUGUUAUCCUGCCGAUGACGGAAGACAAGCGGCAGCUGCUGCUGCAAAGCUAUGACACACCCCGUCCACUGAUCGAAACGGCCACGAUCGAGCAGAAGCUGCGCUACGAAAACGACGUCCGGCUACGGCCGAAAAAGCUCGGUAGCAGUGAGGAGAUCGAUGAGGUCGAGGGUUCCAUCGAGCGGUUGCUACAGCAGAAACACCAUCAUCAUCACUACAACACGUCCAACAACAGUCCACCGCGUGGUGGUCGAUUCGAGGAAACGUCCUUCAUCACCGCUUCAGCCAGCGAAUCGAGCAAUGGCGGCGGCGAGUACGACUCACCAAGCCGCCAGCCGAAGCGUGUCGUGUCCUAUCUGGAUAUGAACCGGAAUUGCCAGAACCAGCUGAGUGCGAACCUCGAGAUUAAUCACGUGGUCGAUAAGAAACAGUCCAAGGAUAUUGCCCUACGGUACUCCAACGUGGACAAUGAACAGGUGCACCUAGUCCUGGUCGAUCCGCGCACCGGCGAAACGUCGGCCCUCGUUGACGAGGACGACAGGAAGCUCGUGAUGGCACCAUCGACACCACCGAUGGUCAUUACUGCUGCCGUCCAGCGGGAAGGGGAACACCAUCCGAAAGGCGUCGAUGGCCCCACUGUCCAAUAUACGGAGGUGGUAAAGAAGCAUAACAUAGGAAAGGACCCGGUGGGACUUACCCUCACCUCAACCGUUUGA